AAGCUUUCUCGGAACAGACGAAAUGUAAAGAAAACCUUUUCUGAAUCAGUGGCAUUAAAUAGCUGAGUAACUUUCACUUUGAAAAUCUUACUUUCAACAUCAGUCAUUUUGAUUUAUAUGGAGUGAUUUUGUUAUGAAAAUGAUCUACACUUCUCACUGGUCAACAUAAUGUACAGGAACAGGACAGUCCUCAGGAGCUCGUUAUGGAUUGGACUGUGAAGAAGAAAGUCCUGAUAUGUUCCUGUAUCAGUUUAAUUCUGUGUGUCCUUGGAGGUGUGAUGGUACCAGUGGUGGAUUGGUUCAUCAAACAUGAAGUAGAACAGAAUGUUGUCCUGGUGGAGGGAGGGGCCACGUAUAACAUAUGGAAGGAUACACCCAUACCGAUAUACAUGCAGUUCUAUAUGUUUGAUGUUAAAAAUCCAGAGGAGGUACUUAAAGGCAAAAAGCCCUUUGUGGAGCAGAAGGGACCCUACACAUACAGGGAGGUGAGGACAAAAUUCGACAUCAAACAUAAUAACAAUGGGACAGUGAGCUACAGACAGAACCGCACCUUCCACUUUGUUCGUAACAUGUCAGUCGGAGAUGAAAAUGACACCUUUAUCACACCCAAUCCUGUGUACUGGUCACUGAUAUCGUCACUGAAGUGGAUGUUUCCUGGAGUACGGGAAAUUAUACGAAUUGUCACCUCGUAUGAGAAGGAGAGUGUGUUUAUGAAUCGCAGCAUGUAUGAUAUAAUCUGGGGUUAUCAGGAUAAAAUGUUGUCUGCCGCUCAAGAUCUGGACAGGGAUUGGUUCUACACUGAUGUCAUUGGGUACUUCAUGAAUAAGAAUGCUACAAAUGAUGGUAUAUACACAAUAUAUACAGGAGAGACAGACAUCCAGUACUUGGGCGGGAUUGAUCGUUAUAAUGGAUCCAGGCACCUGGAUUUUUGGAGCACACCAUAUGCCAACAUGAUUAAUGGAACAGAUGGCACCAUAGGACCUCCAUACCGAGACAAGAAGGAACCGUCUCCUGUUUUUUCCUCUGAUGUGUGCAGAUCAGCAGCAGGAAUGUACAGUAAGGAAGUUACAUCUCCCCAGGGGAUAAAACUAUGGCGCUACAUCGCACCCCCAUCCUACCUGGCCAACGCCACUGUUAAUCCAGACAACAUAGGGUUCUGUACGCCAGAGUCCAAGUGUCUCAACACUGGAAUGUUAAAUAUUAGUACAUGUCAGCAAGUUGACUUUUUCCACAUUCCGGUGUCACUGUCUUACCCUCACUUUAACCUAGCUGCUCAGGAGUACAAAGACUCGGUAGAGGGACUUGAUCCUAUAGAAGAGGAACAUCAGACCAUGGUGGACAAAGAACCGUAUACUGGUCUGGUGCUGCAGGUGACCAAGAAGAUACAACUGAACAUGUAUAUACAGCCUAUAGGAGAGUUUGAAGUUACGAAAGAUAUCACUCCUGUGUUUGUUCCUCUUUUCUGGGUUAACGAG